AAUCCUACAUAAAAGUUUUUGUAGUGGAAUACAAAAAAACGUUCGUUCAAUCAUCCUGAAGCAUUUAAUAAGUACUAGUGAAUUCAGUCGUAAUUAGAAUAAGAAAGAAAGUAAAAAAGCAAAAAAAAAUCACUACAAAAUGUAAUUGAACACGACGAUGUAAAACAGUUCACGAGCCAGUAUCAAUCACUUCAACACAUAUCAAAUCAACAUAAUCACUGGCCCAAAAACCAUCAAUUAACAUAAGCCAACCGUAUGCGGCAGAUUAAAGCAUAAAACACCACGAAAUUCAAAAAAAAAAAACAAAACAAAAAAAAUUUAAAUUAUUUGGCUAAUAUUUCUCGCUACCGCAUCGCAUCGACGCACAGCUGUUAAAAUGUUCAUAAUUACGGUCAUUAAGUUGCUACUAAUUGCGCUGAAUUUCUUCCCCAACCGCUACACAAAUCGAAAAGUGAUGUUCCUCAUCUAUCUAACAAAUUUGGUGACACAUGUGAUGAUGGAUGAGCCACGCUUCGCACAACCAAUACCAAAUGUAACCGUUGCUGUCGGUCGAGAUGCCAAUUUGCCAUGCGUAGUCGAGCACUUAGGGGGAUACAAGGUCGCCUGGAUCCACAUCGAUCGCCAAAUGAUACUCACAAUUCACAGACAUGUCAUAUCUCGCAUACCACGCUACAGCAUCACCUAUGAUAAUGCCAAUACAUGGCUGCUGCAUGUAAAUCAGGCGCAUCAAGAUGAUCGUGGCUAUUAUAUGUGCCAAGUAAAUACGAAUCCAAUGAUUAGCCAAGUGGGCUAUUUGCAGGUUGUGGUACCACCGAACAUACUCGACAUCGAGAGCACUCCUUCCUCAGUGGCGGUGCGUGAAAAUCAAAAUAUCAAUAUGACUUGCCGCGCUGAUGGCUUUCCAACGCCGAAAAUAAUUUGGCGGCGCGAGGAUGGUGAAGAAAUUGCCGUCGAAAAGAAGAAGAAAGUUUUAGUUUACGAUGGCGAAGUGUUGCCAUUGACGAAAGUAAGCCGCAAUGAAAUGGGUGCUUACCUCUGUAUAGCCACCAACGGUGUACCGCCAUCAGUGUCAAAGCGAAUUAUUUUGGAUGUUGAAUUUUCGCCUAUGAUUUGGGUACCCAAUCAACUCGUCGGCGCGCCAGCUGGUACAGAUGUCACAAUUGACUGUCACACGGAGGCACAUCCUAAAGCCAUCAUUUAUUGGGUAUAUAAUUCGGUGAUGGUCCUGCCGAGCAAAAAAUAUAAAACUGAUUACACAGAAAAUUCCUAUCGUGCUCAUAUGAAAUUGACAAUAAGAAAUUUACAAUAUGGCGACUUUGGCAACUACCGAUGCAUAUCCAAGAAUUCACUUGGCGAAACGGAAGGUUCCAUACGCGUCUACGAGAUUCCACUACCAUCUACGCCCUCAAAACAAGUCACACAUACAACCAUCGAAACAAGGGAAAAUAAUAUAAUACCCACACGAAAUGAUUCAACGAAUGCACUACAAAAAGACAUUCAUUCGAUGAAAGCAGAUCUGCUGGGUGCUGGUGCAUCGUCGGCUUCUUCAUCGCACUCUGCCACAAUUUCCAUGUCUGCGGGAAAUGGCAAUGGUAUGUCUGCGCUGGGAGGGGCGAGUAUAAAUGCAGUCGAUCGCAAAGGUACGCUGGCUAUUGGCAAAAGUAUGUAUUAUACCGAACAACCCCCGAAGCAAUUGGAUGGCUCUGCAGCUGACAGAUUACACAAGUCUCCAAGUAUUUUUUAUUUGUGCAGAUUUGCACUAAUUUUUUUACUACUGAGAAAUCACUCAUAAAACUACGUGGAUUUGUAUAAAUAAAAAUUAAAUAAAUAUUUAGUAAUUAAAACUCAAUAAUAAUAUAAAACAGUUUAUGGGUUAUGAUUUCACUGUAUAUCGCAAGACUUAAGUUUUACGGAUAAUAUAAUUUUAACGAAAAUCAAAGCCACGUUUUCCAAAAAAAAAAAAUAUAUGUAUGUGUUUAUGUAUAUUCAAGUAUGGAUUGCUGUGCAUUUAGUUGAGCGUAUUGAAAGAUAUUUCGAGUAAACGGAA